ACGCUGAUCACUGGUGCGCUGUGUCCCUCGGACACAGCGGAUCACAGAAAGAGACGAAGAUGUCGGCUCGGUCAUGUGAUCAGCUGUGUCCAAUCACAGCUGAUCACAUGGGACAUGUGCACUGAUCAUCAGGGCACUGAUGAUCAGUGUGCCCUGAUGAUCAGUGUGGCCCCAGAAGUGCCACCUGUCAGUGUCCAUCAGUGCCAGCAGUCAGUGCCACGUGCCAGUGCCACAUCAAUGCCACAUGUCAGUGCAUACCAGUGCACAUCAAUGCCACAUGAGUGCCCAUCUGAGCUGAAUUUCAAUGUCCCCCAUCAGUGCCAGUCAGUGCCACCUAUCAAUGCCAAUCAGUGCCACCUAUCAGUGCUGCCGAUCAGUGCCACCUAUCAGUGCCAGUCAGUG